AUGGGACAGGCUGUCGCCACCCCACUGAGCCUAACCACGGACCACUGGUCCGAUGUUAAGGCCCGAGGAAACAAUGAAGGUGUCAUCAUCAGGAAAAACAAAUGGAUCACCCUCUGCGAGGCCGAAUGGGUCAUGAUGAAUGUGGAGGGCAAGGUUUUUGCCCCUAACCCUUAUGGGCAUCCCGACCAGGUCCCGUAUAUCGCCAUCUGGAGAUCACUGCCCCCUCCAGUCUCUGGGCCUUCUGCGCCCCCCAACCCAGAGUCCUCCCUUUACCCCGUUCUCCCUCACAAGGAGACUCCUAAGCCUCCAGUCCUUCCCCCAGACCCCCAUACCCCCCUUAUAUAUCUCCUGACGGAGGACCCACCACCAUAUCAAGCCGGACCACCUGGAGAGCCGGCCGAAGCGGCCCUAGCCGCCGCCCCGGUGGCGGCGCCCCCAGGCGUGCCCGUGGCAGAUCCGGAAGUCACCUCGACUCGCAGGACCCACGGGGCUGAAGAAGAGGACGCAGCCCCGUCCCCCAUUGCCGGCCGCCUCCGCAGCCGCUGGGAUGACCCCCCUAAUGAGUCCAGGGCCUUCCCGCUCAGAGAGGGGCCGAAUCAUCAGUUGCAGUACUGGCCCUUUUCAGCCUCAGACCUCUAUAAUUGGAAACAACAUAAUCCCCCUUUCUCCAGGGAUCCUGUUGCCUUGACCAGCCUAAUUGAGUCCAUCCUAGUGACUCACAGGCCGACUUGGGACGACUGUCAGCAGCUCCUGCAGACCCUCUUAACAGUAGAGGAAAAGCAGAGAGUUUUCCUGGAGGCCCGGAAGCAGGUGCCGGGCGAUGACGGGAGGCCAACCCAACUCCCAAAUAUCAUAAAUGCAGAUUUUCCCUUGACCCGCCCAGACUGGGACUUCAAUACACCUGAAGGUAGGGAGCAUCUACGUCUCUAUCGCCAGUUGCUCUUAGCAGGUCUCCGAGCGGCCGCCAGAAGGCCUACCAAUUUGGCUCAGGUAAGGAAUGUGAUACAGGGAAAAGAAGAAACACCCGCUGCAUUUUUAGAGAGGCUGAAGGAGGCUUAUAGGAUGUACACUCCGUAUGAUCCAGAAGACCCAGGGCAAGCACCAGGUGUCAUCCUAUCAUUUAUCUAUCAGUCUAGCUCAGAUAUC